UGGAAGACAAGAUACUGUUUUAUCCCAUUAACUACUUCUCACCCCACGAUAUCACACACUUACACUCACUCUCAAGAGUUCUCCUACUGGCCACUAUUUCUCUUAUAGUGAUGGAAGCCCUUUUUUCUCUUAAUCUUUGCACUUACAUAUUCAUUUUAACCUUCAUUUCCAACACUUAAAAAGCUGUCUUACACCAUUAUUCCCCAUUUAGCUUCUUCUUCUCUUCUAAUUACCAGCUAAUAACUGCAAGAAAUCAAGGCAGUUCAUCUUCUUCUGGUAUGCACUUUCCACUUCUUCUAAUCACCCUCUUUAAAAUGGCUUCCUUUACUCCUCGAAUCUUCCAUGGAAAUUACCUUUCUAAAUAUAGUAAUCAUUAUGCACCAUCGCAAUCAAGAAAGUCUAGAAUGUUCCAAACUUGGAGGAUGUUCUCGUCCUUCCUAUAAAGGGGUAAGAAGAAGGAAGAGUGGUAAAUGGGUUUCUGAGAUCCGUGAGCCUAAAAAACCGACCCGUAUUUGGUUAGGUUCUUACCCUACCCAAGAGAUGGCUGCCGUGGCCUAUGAUGUAGCAGCUCUUGCUUUAAAAGGCCCCGGCACCCAACUCAACUUCCCGGAAUCAGCCCGGUCAUUGCCGGUCCCACAGUCUUCAUCCCCCCGGGAUAUUCAGACCGCUGCUGCCUCAGCGGCCGCGGCCGCUGGGGCGGCUGCUGAUUCAAUGAAUUUGGAGAAAAGGGAAUGUGUCUUAGUGGGGCCAAAUGAUAAUGAUGAGAAGGCUGAAAGUAGUAAAAAGGGAAAAAAGAUUGAAGAAAGUUUUGUUGAUGAAGAUUUGAUAUUUGAUAUGCCUAAUGUGUUGGUAAAUAUGGCUCAUGGGAUGCUCCUUAGUCCUCCUCGUUUGGAUAUUACCCCUACUUAUGUUGAUGAUCAAGAAGAUUCUAUUGAUCCUUCUGGCGAUCAAAAUCUUUGGAAUCAUUUUUAAAAAAAAUUAUAUGCAUGAAUUAAAAUUAUUAAUUAAUGCAUAAUAUCCUUUUUUUGAUUUUGCAUUA